AGUGACGACCGAGGUUGAGGGGUCGUCAGUAGUUAGCACAGCCGCAAAGUCAUAAACAGCACACAUUUCUACAAUUUAUCUUAUUAAAAUCGAAUUAUACACACGGUUAACCUUAUGCUGAACCUUAAAUGAAGACCCCAACGCAUGAUUUUUUAUUUUGACUUUGUGGCUGUGUUAUCUAGUGGAGACGGGUUGAGGGACCAUCUCCAUGCGGCCGCUUUGUCGGAGGUGGGACUAGUGGUCGUUGUUGAGGAAGGCUAACUAUCCUACUAACGUUACGAUCUUACUGGUAGAUAGAUACAUGUUAAAGAAUCUCACAGGUCGACAAUAACUUUGGCUUGUUUAAAUAAUGGUUCAAUUUCAAAGGUGUUGGCUGAAAAACCUUAUCCUGCAGAGUCCGUACUGUCGGGGAGUUCUACCAUCGAGAAAAAGUUAUAUCCCUGAGUUCGCAUUUUGCCUCCUGUUUGGACAUCGACGCGCUGGAUACAGUACCACAUCAGGGAUCCCUGGUGUGAGAGAACGUACUCUAGUUGCAGUGAAACCAGAUGGGGUCCAGCGUCGCCUUGUGGGGCAUAUCACGCAACGCUUUGAACAGAAAGGCUUCAAACUGGUGGGCCUGAAGAUGCUACAGGCGCCAGAGGAGCAGCUCUCUCAGCAUUACCAUGAGUUAAGGAGGAAGCCGUUUUACCCCAGUCUCCUGCACUACAUGACCUCUGGUCCCAUAGUUGUUAUGGUGUGGGAGGGUUAUAAUGUGGUCCGGACAUCCCGGGUCAUGAUAGGAGACACCAACCCAGUCGAGGCCCAAGCAGGCACCGUCCGGGGGGACUUCAGCAUUCACAUCAGCAGAAAUGUGGUCCAUGCCAGUGAUUCAGUAGAGGGGGCUCAGAGGGAGAUCCAGCUGUGGUUUCAUCAAAAGGAACUGAUGGAUUGGGACUGCUGUGACCACAGUAGUACCUACCAGAUAUGAGAAAGAGAUUGUAGGCAGAGAUAGAAAGAGAGAGUUAAGCAUUUCAUUAUACUGUUGUAUCCUGUGCAUGUGACAAUGAAACUUGAAAGAGUGAACAAGGUAGAACGACCAAUAGGAAUAGUGGCUCCAUAACCAUACCUACCUCUUUGUGUCUUGCUUGCAACACUCAGUGUCCCACGUGCAAUACUCAUCCCUCUCCAUCGUGGGUGGCUCUAAUACCCCUAAGCCUCUCAGCUACUAUUAUAGUGUUUGGUCCUCACCAUAUGUACAGUGCGUUCAGAAAGUAUUCAGAGCCCUUGACUUUUUCCACAUUUUGUUACGUUACAGCCUUAUUCUAAAAUUAA